GGGAGGGAACCCCCGCCCCCAGCUCGGGGCGUCAAUACAGCGGUUGGCUCUUCCGUCGAUUCACCUCGUCCUACCCUCGCCGCGCGGACUGGGGGCCGCCCGGAGGCGUCGUGUUCCCCGACCUCCUCCAAUAGAACAGGGGCGGUGACAGCCCCAGGCGGAAUCUCCAAGGCCGCGAGCGCCGGGACGGUCCCGAGCUGGGCCCGCCGGACACCGGACACCGGACGCCGGACGCCGACGGGUCCGCGGCCACGCGAGGCGCGUCUGCCUGGAUCAGAGGCUGGCCACCGGGAUGGCCCCCACGCUGGAGCAGGCGUACCGGCGGCGCUGGUGGAUGGCGUGCACCGCGGUGCUGGAGAACCUCUUUUUCUCCGCAGUGCUCCUGGGCUGGAGCUCCCUGCUGAUUAUGCUCAAGAAGGAGGGCUUCUACUCCAGCAUGUGCUCAGCUGAGAACACCACCAACACCACCCAGGAUGAGCCGCAUGGAUGGCCCAGCUGCAACCAGCAGGAAGAGAUGCUCAACCUGGGCUUCACCAUUGGCUCCUUCUUGCUCAGCGCCACCACCCUGCCGCUGGGGUUCCUCAUGGACCGCUUUGGCCCCCGGCCCAUGCGGCUGAUGGGCAGUGCCUGCUUCGCUGCAUCCUGCUCCCUCAUGGCCCUGGCCUCUUGGAACACCAAAGUUCUGUCUCCGCUGAUAUUCCUGGCACUGUCCAUGAAUAGUUUCAGUGGCAUCUGCCUAACCUUCUCUUCACUCACACUGCCCAACAUGUUUGGGAGCCUGCGCUCCACGUUCAUGGCCCUCAUGAUCGGCUCCUACGCCUCUUCUGCCAUCACGUACCCAGGAAUCAAGCUGAUCUACAAUGCCGGUGUGUCCUUCAUGGCCAUUAUGUUCGCCUGGUCGGGCCUGGCCUGCCUCAUCUUUCUGAACUGCGCCUUCAACUGGCCCAGGGAAGCCUUUCCCUCCCCCGAGGAAGUCAACUACAAGGAGAAGACCAAGCUCAGAGAGCUGGCCCUGGACCACAGGGUGACCGGGGACCGAUUCUACUCCUACGUCAGCACGGUGGGCCAGCGGCUGAGCCAGAAGGCCCCCAGCCUGGAGGAGGGGGUCCUCUUUAUCUCAUCCCAGGACGUGCGCGGCAGCGCAGAGAGCUCUGCUGAGAAGUCUGUGCCCCUGCGCAGGAGCCUCUGCUCCCCCAUUUUCCUGUGGAGCCUCCUCACCAUGGGCAUGACCCAGCUGCGCAUCAUCUUCUACAUGGCCGCCAUGAACAAGAUGCUGGAGUACGUGGUGACGGGCGGCCAGGAGCAUGAGACGGACGACCUGAAGCAGAGGGCCACAGAGACAGUGGAGUUCUACUCCUCUGUCUUUGGGGCCUUGCAGCUGUUGUGCCUUCUCACCUGCCCUCUCAUCGGCUACGUCAUGGACUGGCGCAUCAAGGACUGUGUGGACGCCCCCACUCCCAGGGACGGGGCGGCCACCAAGUCCGUCAGACCACCUUACCGCGAGAUCCAGAAGCUCACCAACGCCAUCAACGCCUUCACCCUGACCAACCUGCUGCUCGUGGGUUUCGGCAUCACCUGCCUCAUCAACAACCUACACCUCCAGUUUAUGACCUUCGUCCUGCACACCUUGGUGCGGGGCUUCUUCCACUCGGCCUGCGGAGGCCUCUACGCCGCUUGGUACCCGUCCAAACACUUUGGGACGCUGACGGGCCUGCAGUCCCUCCUCAGUGCCGUGUUUGCCCUGCUGCAGCACCCGCUCUUCAUGGCCAUGGUGGGGCCCCUGAAAGGAGAGCCCUUCUGGGUGAAUCUGGGCCUCCUGCUCUUCUCACUCCUGGGGUUCCUGCUACCAUCCUACCUCUUCUGCUGCCGUGCCCGGCUUCAGAGGGCAGAUGUCGCCUGCUGGGGGGGGCCCCUGAAGAUGCACAGCAGCCCCAAGGUGGCGGCCUAGGCCCCCCGAGUCCCGGGCCUGGACCACAGGCGGCCACGGCCUGCACAGAGGCACUGUCUUUCCCUGUGACCUCCGCACAGCGCCGGGGACCACGGAUUUAUAAAUAACGGGAGAAGUUCUAUUUUUGUGGGGACGUGUGAAAAAGAAAGAAAAAAAAAAAGAAAUUCCCAAAGCCAUUUUCCAUUGACCAAAGACGCCCCUGUGCCAGGAUCGCAUCUUCUCGAGCCUGGGGUUGGAGGGCGGUGCGGCCCUGCACUUCCUCUGGGCCUCGUCUGAGGGGCCUGCCCGCUGGUGCCUUCUGGGGGCCUGUGGGGUCAGCGAACAGGUGACCCCUCAGCUGUGCAGGGCCCAGGGUACAUGCGAUGGCGUGUGGAACUCCCUUCUCCUCCGGGGAAAGGGGCCGAGGUGUGCUGGUCGUGUCCUGAGGCCUCGGCGUGGGAGGGAAGCCCCUCCUGGGGGCUGAAGGGUGGGUUCUCUCCCUGACGCUGCUCCCUGCAGAUCUCAGAGGAAAUAAAAAGGGAAGUGAGAGA